AUGUUCCGAUGGAAUGGUGAUGGUCAUCGCGUGUCGUUGGUGGGCACAUUCAAUAAUUGGAAAACUCACUUGCCGAUGGUCAGGAGCGGGCAGGAGUUUUAUCAGAUAGUAGAGGUCCCUCGAGGCUUCCACCAGUAUGCAUUUGAUGUAGACGGCGAGAUGAAGUAUGCGUCGGAACAACCAGUAACACACGAGGACGAUGGUACGAUGCUCAACUACAUCGACCUGACUAACUAUCGCCCGUAUGUUCCGCAGCCUUUGGGGAGUGCUCCUCAUGUGAAAUUAACACCUGAGGAAGAUGCAGAAUUCGGCACUAAGGAGGUAUUGCCGCCGGAGCCUUCAGUAGCAUUCGGCCCGGGGUCACAUAUGGGGCCCUCGAGCAGCACUAACAGUCAGGAGCCACCGAUAGCCCCCUCAUUACUGUUAAAAUCUUCGUUACUCGCAGCGCCACCGGACACGGCAUCUAAAACAGCCUCUGUAGUGCUUAUGCACAAGCGUGGACAGAUCCAACAGCCUGUGGCCGCUGGAGCUUCAGCUUCUGAUGCGUUUCUGGCGGCAACUCGAAACCCCGAUGGGAUGGUAUCACCAGCACUGCCUAGUAUAGCGAUGCACGCUGUUUGUACACACGUCUUCCACGAUGCCUCGCGGUCCUUCCAGUCCCCUUUGGCCGAGGUGACGGCCGAGAGCCUUACUUUAGCGACAGUUACCUCUCGGUGA